UAUUUAUAGGCUACCACCAAAGCUAGAGCUAACUAUGUGAAUGGUUAUGGAUGUGCAGGGAUGGGGUGUAGCUGUGCUGGUUUUGGUGCCAAACAAGGAUGAUUCAUUCAAAACCCAUCCAGUGAAUUUCCUGAACGAAAAGACUCUGAAGGGCACAUUCUAUGGCAAUUAUAAGCCUUGUUCUGAUCUGCCUUCUGUGGUGGAGAUGUACAUGAAAGGGGAGCUAGAUUUGGAGAAGUUCAUCACUCAUUCAGUCCCUUUAUCAGAGAUCAACAAAGCCUUUGACUACAUGCUCAAAGGGGAGUCCAUCAGGUGUAUCAUUCGCAUGGAAGACUAGAACAAUGUGAAAUAGUGUGCGGUAUCAGGAUUCAAAGUGUUAUUUGUGGUUGUGAAAAAGGAAGAAUAAAGUUUUGUAUACAGUCAAUCCUCAUUGUAUUUUAUUAAAUUUGUGAGUGUCGCAUUGUAAUGAACUAUAGAAUGGUUGUUACUUAAAAUUAAAUUUUGGCGUCUGUGGCUUCCAAGACACAUGAAUGUGAUAUGGUAGUAUUUGUUUUAUAA